UUAUGUAGUGUGACACUCCUUGGUGAAGAUUGGAAAAUGGCUUUUGUUACGGAGGACGAGAAAACUGAGGAUUACCUUUUCAAGAUUGUACUAGUUGGUGAUUCAGCUGUUGGGAAAUCGAAUUUACUUGCAAGAUUUGCUAGGAAUGAAUUCUACCCUAAUUCAAAGUCAACCAUAGGAGUAGAGUUUCAGACCCAGAAGAUGGAUAUAAAUGGGAAGGAAGUUAAGGCACAGGUCUGGGAUACUGCUGGUCAAGAGCGCUUCAGGGCCGUUACAUCUGCAUAUUACCGAGGUGCGGUUGGAGCUCUUCUUGUGUAUGACAUUAGCAGACGACAGACUUUCGAUAGCAUCGGCAGAUGGCUAAAUGAACUUCAAACUCACUCCGACAUGAAUGUAGUCACCAUUUUAGUAGGCAACAAGUCGGACCUCAAGGAAGGCCGGGAAGUAUCCACAUCGGAAGGAAAGGCCUUGGCAGAGGCGCAGGGUUUAUUUUUCAUGGAGACUUCUGCACUCGAUUCCUCCAAUGUAGCGGCUGCAUUUCAGACCAUCGUUGAAGAGAUCUACAGCAUAUUGAGCCGGAAAGUCAUGAUGUCUAACGAGAGCAAGAAGCAAGAUGCGCCGUUGGAUGGGAAGACUGUUGUUUUACGGGGGGAAGAGAACCAACAACCCGAAACAGAGGCCAAACAGGGUGGGUGCUGUUAAAUCCUUUGCCCCAUAUUUUUUACGACUUCCGUCAUCAUCAAGUUUCCACUGAAGUUGCUGAUAUUUCUUCUUCUCCAUACCUUCAUUUAUUGGUGCCGUUAAAAUGUUUGUUUUAGUAACAUUUGUUUUACUUGUUCAUGAUUUGCUUUAUCAUACGGUGGCUGCGACUUCUAUGGAUUAUAGAAUUAACAAAAUGUAAAUGAACUCAAGGGGGGAUUGAAAGGAGAAGAACAGAA